CCUCCUCCAAACUACCUCCUAUGGCUCCUCCUCUCCUCCUUCGCCCUUAACAAGCACUCGCUCCCCACCAGGUCAAGGCAGGCAGGAUGGCCUCCUCCUCCCUUCUUUGCUGCCUCCAUGGCCUCCGGUCCUUGUCCUCCUUCAUCUUACUCCUUGUUCUUCUUUUCCAACAUUAUGCCAUUAUCGAGGUUGCCACCAUCCGCAUCGACAUCAUUCGACGCCCCUCCAUGACCCCAACGGUCCCUGCCUUUCGAGAGGCCCCUGCCUUCCGCAAUGGUGAUGAUUGCCCCUCGUCACCAUCUACAGGGCUUGUCAAUGUUGCCAUGACUCUAGAUGCCAACUACCUACGUGGAACUAUGGCUGCUGUCCUCUCUAUCUUGCAGCAUACCUCCUGCCCAGAGAGCGUCGUCUUCCACUUCCUCGCAGCUCGGCCCGAGCUCGACAUUCUGGCGAGCAUCCGUUCCACCUUCCCCUACCUUGACUUCCGUGUCUACCGCUUUGAUAGCAACCGAGUGCGUGGUCGCAUCUCUCGAUCCAUUCGCCAUGCCCUUGACCAGCCACUCAACUAUGCUCGUAUCUACCUCGCCGAGAUCCUCCCUCCUGAAGUCACCCGCAUUAUUUACCUUGAUUCUGAUGUCAUUGUUGUUGAUGACAUUCGUCAAUUGUGGGAUGUGGAUCUUGGCAACCAUGUCGUGGCUGCACCCGAAUAUUGCCAUGCCAACUUCACCAAAUACUUCACCCAUGCCUUUUGGUCGGACUCGGAGCUUGCAAAAACCUUCAUUGGUCGGCAGCCUUGCUACUUCAAUACUGGGGUGAUGGUGAUGGAUGUAGAGAAAUGGAGAGAAGGAAGUUACACCAAGAUGAUGGAGGAUUGGAUGGAAGUACAGAAGCAAAAGAGAAUAUACCACCUUGGCUCUUUGCCACCAUUCUUGUUGGUCCUUGCUGGCAACAUCAAAGCUGUCGACCACCGUUGGAACCAGCAUGGAUUGGGUGGAGACAACAUUGAGGGGAAGUGUCGAAACCUGCAUCCAGGUCCCAUUAGUCUCCUUCAUUGGAGUGGCAAGGGGAAGCCAUGGCUCCGACUGGACUCAAGAAAGCCUUGCACUGUGGAUUAUCUUUGGGCCCCUUAUGAUCUAUACAGGUCUUCAUCACCCACAUUAGAAGAAUGACCAGGAGAUAUGGAAGAGAGGAGAUAAAGUAAAAGUAGAAAAAAAUUGGGCAGAAGGGGAGAGCAAGAAAUUUUCUUUUUUUUUUUCCCAUUAACUUUUGAGAAAGAAAAGUUAAAAUGGAAGAGAGAAAGAAGAGAGACAUUUAAUGCAGGAGAAGAUAUAUGCUAUCAACCCAUGUUUGGCAAAUGAAACUUGCAGAAGCACUGGGAGAAGUUAUUCCACUUUGUCGAUCAAGGAGUUGAUGGAAGAGGGCUUUUACUAGGAAGUGAAUAAGGGAGGAGAGAGAGAGGGAGAGAGGCUACUCCUAAGUAAGCCCACAAGAUUGUCUUCAAGAACAAGCUGAUUAUGAGGGAUGAUAGCUUUGGUUUUUCCUCUUCUUCGUAUGUAUCUGUUUUUGUUCUUUGGCUAGAUUUUGGUUGUCGGUUUUUUUGGCUUUUAAGUCAACAAUAUAAGAAGGACAACCAAAACUAUUGCCAAUAGUUUGUGUGCAUGAUAAAUAACUAAUGAGUGUUGUGAUGUGUAAAAGUAAUUAGAAAGAGUAGAGUGUUCAUAAUUAAACUGACAUAGAAUUCUUAUGCG